AUGUCCCGGGGAAGCAGUGCUGGCUUUGAUCGGCAUAUCACUAUCUUUUCUCCUGAAGGUCGACUUUAUCAAGUCGAAUACGCUUUCAAAGCCAUAAAUCAAGGAGGAUUGACGUCCAUUGCUAUUAAAGGGAAGGAUUCUGCUGUUAUUGUCACCCAGAAAAAAGUACCUGACAAGCUUUUGGACCCUGAUACUGUGACACACCUUUAUCAGAUUACUGACCAUAUAGGAUGUGUCAUGACUGGUAUGACAGCCGACAGUCGUUCCCAAAUGCAACGAGCUCGUUAUGAAGCUGCAAAAUGGAUGCACACUUACGGGUAUGAAAUUCCAGUUGAUAUGUUAUGCAAGCGCUUAGCUGACAUUUCCCAGGUUUAUACACAAAGUGCUGAAAUGAGACCACUUGGGUGCUGUAUGAUUUUGGUUGGUUAUGAUGACGAAACUGGACCACAAGUGUACAAAACUGACCCAGCAGGUUAUUACUCUGGUUAUAAAGCUACUGCUGCUGGAGUGAAACAACUGGAGGCAAACAAUUACUUGGAAAAGAAAAUUAAGAAGAAACAAGAUUUUACCAGUUCAGAAGCAGUUGAGGUAGCCAUCUCUUGUUUAUCAACAGUUCUUUCUGCCGAUUUCAAACCAACUGAAAUUGAGGUUGGGCUUGUAACUAAAGACAAUCCCAAAUAUAGAACAUUAACAGAAUCCGAGAUAGAAGCUCAUCUUAUUGCCAUAGCUGAGAAAGACUGA